CUGGUGCAUCGCUUCGAUAUAAAUGAUACAAAAUCAAAAUUGAUUAUUUUUAUUUUGGUUUUUGGAAAUUUACAAAACUCCAAACUAGCUGAAAAAUGUCGCUAAUGUGUGACACGGGGCGAAUGUCGAACGUUACACUAAAUUCGAAUCCUGGUUACAUGGAGAUCUAUAAUUUUGAAAAGUUUCCGGACUCGUGGAGACUCUGGGGCUGGUGUAAUUGGCAGUUGGGAAUUUACGCGGCUUUCGUCUACAUGGUCGCGCUCGCGGUGGGGGCGCGUUUCAUGGAAAAUAGGGCCCCAUUCAAGUUGAAGGGGGCACUGAUCGGGUGGAAUUUUGGCCUCGCGUUAUUCUCGGGAGUCUCGUUUUUUAGGGUUUUGCCUGAAAUUUUAAACGCCAUUGGGACAAGUGGAGUUUUGAAAUCGUUUUGCAAAUUGGAAGAAGCCAAUCACGCCACGUACUUUUGGGCCUUAAUGUUCGCCGUUUUCAAAAUCAUUGAAUUUGGUGACACAGCCUUCAUCAUUUUGAGAAAACAGAAACUUAUCUUCCUCCAUUGGUAUCACCACGUGACGGUUUGUAUUUAUGGCUGGUUCCUGUGGAGCACUUAUGACCCCGUGGGACGCUACUUUUUCGCCAUUAACGCCUUCGUGCACUCCAUAAUGUACUCCUAUUAUGGGCUCAGGUCUGUCCACGUAAAAUGGCUCCCGAGCUAUCUCCCCAUGACCAUUACGGUGAUACAGAUUGCACAAAUGUUUGCAGGGGUUUUCAUUAGCUUGUAUACUGCGCGUGUAAUUCUUUCUGGAGGGGACUGUGACCGACCGUGGUCCAAUAUUAUUGUUGCGCUCGCCAUGUAUUUCUCCUACUUUGCAUUGUUCCUCAACUUCUUUUACCAUCGAUACUUUUUAAACACGAAGACAAAGAAGGUUGAAUAAGCAAAACAAAGAAUUAUGAACUUCAAAAAAUUUUGUAAAAACAUUUCCUAAAAAAAUCAACUCACAUAUGUAAAUAUCCCAGUUAAAAUGUAUUAUUUAGUGGUUUUAUCCACUUUAUAAGAAAACCUUGUCCGUCCUUUAGGUAUGACUUGAUUUAUAAUAAACUUACAUUUUUUAUAAGGUAAAAAUCAACCACAAUAAAUUCCUCAUGGUUUAAAUCUAAAUGUGAUAUCUUGAUCCGAAGCAAAUAUCAGACAAUACAGAAAGCAAGGGGAACGUUCAUAUAUUAGGUCGUCAAAAAGGUGCGUGAGUGACACAUAUUAGAAGGCCUUCGUACCUUAUUCGAGUUAUAUAAAUAUGUAAGCUUAACAUGCGUAGAGUAUGGAAAGGGUGGGUGGAUGUGUGGUCGAAAAAUAGGCCUAUGAAGUAAUAUAUGGACGCACCCUAAAUACCUGAUGCGCAAAAUAUUUACUAUUUAUGCACAAGUUUCCAAGGACAAUUGUGUCCAUACAAUGUUUCGCAAUAUGAAAAUAUCCAUCCACGUGGUAGGAGAUAACGUAAUUAUGUAAAGUUAAUAAAAAAAUUUAAACCUUUGUGAUUAACAACAACUUACAUAAGUUUUAGUCCCUGCCAGGAACUGAAACUUACUGCAGCAUGUAAAUAAAUUUCAGAUUCUAGAUAAUUUAAUAAGUUUAUGUAUUGCACGUAAACGGAGUAAACAAAUUACGAAACACAAUAAAUGUACGAAACUAGU